AUGCUUGGUAAUGGCGGGCAGCUACCGCUCCUUCCCCCGGCCCUGCCUACCCAGCCAGUACAUCCACAUCCCGUAAUUGUGCAUCAUCCCGUUCUCACUCCAACACCCCUUGUUUCACAUAUCAACGCACCAGAUGAACUACGAGUUCCAUCUCCAGACGACGACGAAGAAAAAGGCGGAAACCAGACAAUUGUUGUCCCAAAUCCUCCUGAGCCUGAAAUCCCCAAACCGGGAGAGAAUAAUAAACAUCCGGCAGACGUACCGCGCGGCGGUCUCCCGCCUUCCGAAUCUGCGUUGAUCCCUCAACUUUCUACCAACCCCUGGACGCAAUCGGAUCCUUCUAUCUACCAGCAAAUGAGGACAAAAUCUCGGGCAGCGGUCACCAUUCUCUCAGCUUUAAUCGCUUAUGUCUCUAUAAACAGCCUGGCUAGGGCUCUUAACCCUUCUGCUUUCAUCUGGUAUGAAGAGGAUAGGGAAGAAAGUGACUGGGUUUCGACUUCACAUUCCUGGUGGGAUCGUAAAGCAUGCCGAUGGCUUAGCCUCUGUGGAGCUACUCACUUUCGACUAAGGGGUCGUUUUGGACCUCGCAAUCCUAUACAGGAUGGUGAUGACGGAGAGCAGGAGGAGUGGGAGUCCUAUUGGAAGAGCGGAAAUAAAACCCGCCCUGAAGAUUGGACCAACGAUGAACGCCGUUUGCGCACGAUCCCCGAUUAUGUCCUGGAAUAUGCACCCCUAGUCCACCUUUUCUCUGAAGAGCAGUUUUGGCCCAGUGAUAUUGCGAAGCAUCUUUACCACAUCACACCAGAAUUGAAUUACACUCCUAUUCAGGCUCAAGCAGAACAUCCCACCCUCGCUAACCUCAGUGAGUUUAACAAGUAUCAGGGUGGAGAAUAUGUAUUCUUGACCAGUAAGGACAAUGUGGAGGAUCGACCAUCUUGGCUGGGGUCGGAGGGCAACAUCCCAAAGCCUGAUGAUACAGAGGACGAAUUGGAGUGGCAGAGCGGAAUUUAUGACGCGCAAGAAGAUGUACCGCUCGAGGAAAUGGAGGACUGGUAUGAUGCAAGGAAUGGCAGUCCUCAAAUGGAAGGAGGUGGCGAAACGCACCACGGUUCGCUUUCGCAGGCUCCUCUGGCGGAGGGCGUUGACAGAUACGAUUUUAUGGAUGAUGGAGCAACCCCGCGGCCGGAUAAAGGAGGUAUACGUGACGAUGUGAAUGACAAGCCUGGCCGUAGCAAGGCACCAGCUGUUUUGAUCGUCGUGGAUAAAGGCCAUGGCAUUGUGGAUGCGUUUUGGUUCUACUUUUACAGCUUUAAUCUCGGCAAUAAGGUUCUUAACAUCCGUUUCGGGAAUCACGUUGGCGAUUGGGAACAUUCACUUGUUCGGUUCCACAACGGUACUCCAAAAGCUAUCUAUUUUAGCGAGCAUUCGUUCGGGGAGGCUUUUAGCUAUGAUGCUGUAGAGAAAAUGGGGAAAAGGCCUGUUAUAUAUUCAGCCUCUGGGACACAUGCCAUGUACGCUACACCAGGCACCCACGCCUACAUUCUCCCCUGGGGAUUGCUGCAUGACCGAACUGACCGCGGCCCACUUUGGGAUCCCGCCCGCAAUUACCACGGUUACACAUACGAUCAUAAUAACGACGUCUUACGUGCCUCAACCGCCAACCCCCAGUCGCCAACCGCAUGGUUCUACUUUGCCGGCCACUGGGGCGAUAAGUUCUAUCCCCUGGGUGAUCGGAGACAGUAUAGGUUCGUCGGGCAAUACCACUAUGUGAAUGGCCCAUAUGGCCCGAGAUUUAAGGAACUCGGCCGUGAUAAGAUAUGCGGAGGUGCUACGACUGAUCCAUGUGUGAUUAAGAAUUGGAUUGGAGGUGGUGUGAGAUCGAAAAGGUGGGUAGAUGUUGGGGAAGGGGAGGAGCUUAGCGACGAGGAUAUAGAGAAGGUUUUAGAGAGGAAUGGCGCGACGCCGUUGUGA